UUCCAUCACUAUCGCAUUUAUCAGAAAAUGUCGAGUGUGUUGAAUUGCCUUAAUAUAAUAUAGAUUAUCGUUACGGUUUUUCUGAAAAAAUAUUAUUUUUAAAGUGCUAGCAACUAUUCCUACUCCCUGGAGGUAGUUUUACUUACGGCAACAUCACUGCAUGCAUAAUUGACUGAGAUAUCAUACGUGAACUUGCCGUUCCUUGGAUCUUGGAUCGGGCCGGCUUGGUUAUUUGUCUAUAUAAAUGAACCAAAACCAAAUUCAACAACUGACCUUACACCUAUCACAGGCACUUGAUCAAAACUAUGAUGUCGUUAAUAUGGAAGCUGUUCUAUCCGUUAUCUGUGCACUGGAAGGAACUACAAUUACAAAGGAUCAACUGGAGGCCACCAGAUUGGCCAAAUACAUAAAUCAACUGCGCCGCAGGACUAAAAUGACCAACUGGCACGUCGAGCCAAAUCGCUUUUAAAAAUGGCGGGAAAUGGUUGGCAUUCAACAUACUGUCGGUGAUACGCAACCGACGAAACCUAUUGCUGUCAUUAAUAUAACGGAAUCAACCAUAAGUGAUAACAACAAUAUAAGUGCGGGUCAACCGUACUGUUCAAAU